AUGAUUCAGUUCUACCCUUCUGCGGAGGAGGCCUUAGAUCACGGGUUUAGCGAGUUUGUGUCGCCACAGGUUCUUGCCUCGUUGCGUGUGCUCUUUCAGCACAAUGAUGCCAGCACCAAAGGGGUUUUUUUCGAGCAGCUGUCUUCAACUAGGACUUCUAUCAACGGCUGGAUGAGAAAGGUGGCGCUCACGGCACUGGGUCGACAGGCGAACAGGUGUUACUUGGGGAGGUUACCAACAGAUCUACUUGCACCACUCGAGUUCUACACGGAUGAGGAACUCAUUGCGCGAUACAAGGAUGGCUGCACGACCCGCACAAGCACGGGUAGUCACUUCCAACCCUUGAUCACAGAAAUCUGCAGCAGCACUAUGGGGAUCGGUGCGGAGGGGCUUAGCAGUGGCAGUAGCAAUCUGCAACAGCAGCAGGGGGACUGGGACGUAGCCGUGACAGUAGCAACCUGCAGGAGCAGCAGGGAGAGGGGUGCGGAGGGGCGUAUCAGUGGCAACAGCAACCUGCAGCAGCAGCAAGGGGAUAGGUGCGGAGCAGUAGGGGCAGCAGGGGGACAAGUGUGGAGGAGCAUGGCAGUGGCAGUGGCAACCACUAGCAGCAGCAGGGGGACAGCUUUGCCCCUCUUUACCCGUCUGUCCCAUGGCCAAACACCCGCCCCUCCCUGCCCCUUCUCGCCCCUCCCUUCCCCUUAUCGCCCUUCCUUGCCCCUCCUUACCCCUCCUUGUCCCUACUUCCUCAGCAACAUCUCAACUAACGACUACGACAUUCGUUACCACGUACGCGUCAGUCUGAACGACUCUGGCGAGCCCAUUGGUGUCGUCAUCAAGAAGGGCGCUGACGUGGCACUCACUGUGCUCACCAGCGACGCCACGUGGACCAAUCGCACGCUCUCAAACGCCGAGCGCGCCAAGCUGGGCGGCAAACUGACUCCCAAGGGCAGGAAGGGCAAGCAGCCGCCUCCCCCUCCCCCUCCCCUCGGCUAUAACUACGAAACCUCCGGCACUUGGCUAAGCGCCAGUACUUUGACGGCGGAUAACGGGCAGACGUAUAAGGAGUUGGCGGAUGCCAUGCUGGCUGCACCUGACACCUACUCUGCUCUCAUCUACACCAAAACAUUUGAGAAUGGUGUGGCGAGCGGCGCUUUUGCGAAUGUCACCAAGGACGGUGGUGAAGUACAUGAGCAGCAGCAGCUGCUUUUUCACACGCCUAGGGGCAUGAGCAGCAACAGCUGA